AUGAAAAUCGUCAUCCUUUUAGUUCUAGUGAUGUCAUCAUUGGCAAGGCUUACUUAUAAGAAUAGCGUAUUCGGAAGAGAAGAGAUUAUCCAGGCCAAUAAUACAUUGUGGUUUACACAGAAAUUAGAUCACAAUGAUCCAACAUCGAAAGAAGUGUUUAGACAAAGAUAUCAUGUUUAUGAUGAUUAUGUAGUGAGAAACUAGCCUGAAUCAGUUAUAUUGUACAUUUGUGGUGAAUGGACAUGUGACGGUAUUGGAAGUGGAUUAACAUUUGAUGCAGCACAAUAAUUGAAAGCCCUAGUAUUAGUUUUGGAACACAGAUAUUUCGGCUAGUCUCAGCCAUUUGGAGAUUGGAGUACUCCAAACUUAAAAUAUCUCAAUAUUCAUUAAGCUUUGGAUGACAUUGCAUACUUUAUCUAGGACGUGAAAGCUAAAGGUCUCUUUAAUAUAAAGCCAAACACCCCAUGGAUUCAUCUUGGAGGUUCAUACCCAGGAGCACUAAGCGCUUGGUUUAGAUACAAAUACCCCCAUUUGACAAUUGGAGGGUUGGCUUCUUCAGCAGUUGUCAAAGCAGUUGCUUGUUAUCAUGACUACGAUAUGCAAGUUUAUCUUUCUGCCUUGGAGAGUUCUUAAGAAUGUGUAGAUAGAAUCCAAUAGGUUAAUGAAAAGAUUGAAGCCGAUUUGAUAAAAAGUCCCAAUACUAUUAAGGCAGAGUUCAAAGCUUCAGAAUUAACAGAUAUUGAGUUCUUGUCUAUGAUUGCCGAUAUCUAUGCUGGUAUGGUUUAAGGCAGAAAAAGAUCAAAGAUGUGUGAGAGAUUAGAAGGUGGAGCUACUUUAGACGAUUGGUUUAAAUAAGUUAAAGAGAUGGCUUUAGAAACAGUUGAUCAAGAAAGCUACGGAUCUGAAUUUUUAAAGGACAUCUCCAUUGAUUUCUCAAAGAAUUCAAGACAAUGGACAUAUUAGACCUGCAUUGAAGUUGGAUACUUCUAAACUGCUAAUCCUAAUGUUGAACAAUCAACAAGAUCAUAACAAUUGAAACUUGAUUUCUUUAGAAACCUAUGUGAAUACUCUUAUGGAAUCUCCAUAUUCCCUGACGAAGAGAGAACUAAUGCUUAUUUUGGUGGACUUGAUAUCAAUGUGGAUCAUCUUAUCUUUUCAAAUGGAUCAGAUGACCCUUGGUAACAUGCUUCAAUCACUAAAUGGAAAUAAGGAAAGGAGUAUGAUGUCAAGUACAUUAAAUGCAAGGAUUGCUCACAUUGCAUUGAUCUUAAGGCUACUAAAGCUGAUGAUCCUCCUGAGUUAACUCAAGCUAGAAAAGAAAUCCUAGCCAUAUUUUAACAAUGGAUUAAUGAAUACAACGACCAAUAAUCCUAAAUUAUUGAGUGA